AUGUCUGACGCGGAGCAUAGUCAGAGUGAGGAUGAUCAGGACAGCAAUCGAGGAAAACCAGGGAGAUCACGGAGCAUCCGGAUCGAGAGGUUAAGUUCAUCAUCAACAUCACCAUCACCGAGUUCAACGGAGACAGAGAGAAUUUACGACUCUCUCAACUCUUCAGAGAUCUCACAGGGGAGUGAAUCAACAUCAAAGGCAUCGGGAUCAAUUGAGAGCUCAAUUGGUCAUCUUCAAAUAUCAGCAACAUCAUUGGCGAAAUCAGAAACAUCGGGGUCGUCCUCUGACAUCAAGGUUCAUCAUCAACAUCAUCAUCACCAAGUUCAACGGAGACAGAGAGAAUUUACGACUCUCUCAACUCUUCAGAGAUCUCACAGGGGAGUGAAUCAACAUCAAAGGCAUUGGGAUCAGUUGAGAGUUCAAUUGGUCAUCUUCAAAUAUCAGCAACAUCAUUGGCGAAAUCAGAAACAUCGGGGUCGUCCUCUGACAUCCCUAGGUUCAUCAUCAACAUCAUCAUCACCGAGUUCAACGAAGACAGAGAGAAUUUACGACUCUCUCAACUCUUCAGAGAUCUCACAGGGGAGUGAAUCAACAUCAAAGGCAUCGGGAUCAAUUGAGAGCUCAAUUGGUCAUCUUCAAGUAUCAGCAACAUCAUUGGCGAAAUCAGAGAUAUCGGGGUCGUCCUCUGACAUCAAGGUCACACAUCAAUCAUCAUCGAAUUCAGCGAGUCAACGGGUUGUGCUGUUGGCAACAGCUAAAGCAAUUGCAUCAACAUCAACAGGUUCUCAUCAUAUGGUCAGGCUUCUGAUUGAUCAGGGAUCAGAGGUCACAUUCAUCACUGAUCAAAUGGUACAACUUCUUCGUCUUCGUCGAUCAUCAUCACAUCUCAGGGUCUUUGGAAUAGGAGGCUUGGAGUCAGGGUUGACUCGUGGAGCACUCACAUCAACAUUACCAUCAAUUCACUGUGCAAAGGAAGAGGCAAAUCAUCUUCAACAUCUUCAAUUGGCGGAUAACAACUAUCUUAAACCUGGUCCUAUCGACAUUAUCAUCGGGGCUGAUCAUUAUGGUCAAAUCAUUGGGCAUGAGGUUAUCAAAUCUCCGGAUAAUCAACUUGUUGCGCAACAAACCAUCUUUGGCUGGAUAGUUUCUGGGACGGUCUGCUGUACAGACUGCAAGCCGAAGUCUUCUCUAACUGCAGUACGAGAGUCUCCGACUGAGCAGCUGUUGGAUCUUCUUAAGAAAUUCUGGGUCCAGGAGGAACUUUCAUCAUCUAAGGAAAUUCUUCUCAAUCAAGACGAUCAGGAGUGUGAAUUACACUUCAGGAACACACAUUCAAGAGACAGUGAGGGACGGUACGUAGUACGCCUCCCACUCAAAACAUCACUAUCAGCAUUGGGAGAGUCUAGGAGACAUGCUCUACAAUUGUUAAACCGAACGGCGAAGAAACUGGAAUCAAAUCAAGAGUAUGGGAAACUCUACAAGGACUUCAUCAGGGAAUAUGAGGAUCUGGGACACAUGAGACGUGUCUCAGAGGAAUCAGAACCAUCAGUGAGCUACUAUCUGCCUCAUCACGGUGUCUUAAGGGAAGACAGCAUCACCACAAAACUCAGGGUCGUCUUCAACGGUUCCAGCAAGACAACAUCAGGAGUGUCACUCAAUGACAUACUUCAUGCAGGAGGAAAACUGCAAACGGAAGGCUCAGACGUUCUCAUCUGGUUGAGAACUUUUCGGUUAAUCGUCGGAACGGACAUCGUGAAGAUGUUCCGUCAAAUCAAGGUUCAUCAAGAAGACUGGGAUCUUCAACGAAUCCUAUGGAAGGAUGAGGAGGGGAAAAUCAUCACAUAUCAAUUGACAACGGUGACGUAUGGCCAAACGUGUGCACCAUGGUUGGCUCUACGAGUUCUUCAACAACUCGUGGAGGACGAGGGACAUCAAUAUCCACUGGCGGCUGUCUCUCUAUCCAAAGGGAGAUAUGUCGACGAUAUCUAUGGGGGAGCUGAUUCUGAGGAACAGCUCAAGGAACUCAUCAAUCAACUCAUCAAUAUUUGCAUGGCGGGCGGCAUGCCACUGCAAAAAUGGAUCUCGAAUCAUCAAGGAAUCCUACAGGAUCUUCAAUUAUCAACAAAAUCAACAUCGGCGGUAGAAUUCGAGGACAAAACGGUCAAAGUAUUGGAACUGUGCUGGAACCCUCAUUCAGACAGCUUCAUCUAUAAAUCAAGGAAGCCAUCAACGGAAAAAAUCAACAAAAGGACAAUCCUCUCAGAGAUCGCCCAGAUUUACGAUCCUCUGGGACUCAUCGGACCGGUCAUCAUCAGGGCUAAAAUCUUCAUCCAAGAGCUGUGGCUUCUCAAAAUUGGUUGGGAUGAUCCACUGCCCUUGAGUCACAUCAAACGUUGGAAAGAAUUCAGGGAGGAAUUCUCAAAUCUGGAUCAAAUAUCAAUCCCACGGUGGCUUCAAACAUCAUCGACUUCAAGCAACAUCCAACUUCAUGGGUUUGCUGACGCAUCGAAUCAGGCAAUGGGUGCCGCAGUAUACAUCAGAGUGGACAAUCAUCAAUCUGAGCCAUCAGUCAUCUUGGUGAGUGCAAAAACCAAGGUCGCACCACUUAAGAAAAUGACAAUUCCUCGCUUGGAAUUGACAGCUGCUGUCAUCUUAACCAAUCUGGUAAUCUACAUCAGGAAGAUGCUGGAGAAAGAGAAUCUACAACUCUUUCUUUGGUCUGACUCCACGGUGGCGCUCACAUGGAUCAAUGGACACCCAUCAAGGUGGAAGGAUUUUGUUCAGAAUCGAGUGAUCAAAAUCCAGAACUCAUUACCAGCAGCUGAAUGGAAACAUAUCAGGGGAGUCGAGAACCCAGCAGACUGUGCAUCACGGGGAUUAUCACCAGAUCAACUUGUAAAUCACCAGCUGUGGUGGAAUGGUCCAUCAUGGCUGAAAUCAUCAAUGGAAAACUGGCCAUCAUCAUCAUCAACAUCAAUCGAAUCUACGGCAGAAGCAGCACUGGAGGAAAGGCCAGUGUCUGCACAUCCGGUGGCACUGAAUCUGGAGAGACCUCAAGAUUUCUUGGAGAGGUACUUUACACUCGACAGGUUGCGCAGGAUCUCGGCGAGAGUCCUGAGAGUCAUCAACAACAUGAGAGGGGAGCCAGUCCCAAGAGAAUUAGAUCUCUUGCCAGAAGAACUGGAGGAGACCAGAAUCUUUUGGAUCAACUAUACACAACAGGAGAGUUUUGGACAAGUCAUCAAUCGCCUCAUCAAUGGACAAGACAUCGCAAAUAAUCAUCCAAUGGCACGGUUGAUUCCUUAUCUGGAUGAGAAUCAGACCAUUCGCCUAGGCGGGCGGCUGAAACGAUCAAAUCUUCAGCCAGAAGCCAGGAACCCAUCAAUUCUACCAAGGCAAUCAAGGCUUACAUCACUGGUCAUCGAGGAGGCUCAUCGGAAAACUCUUCAUGGAGGAGUACAGGCGACGUUGGCACACAUCAGACACAAAUAUUGGAUCAUCGGGGGUCGUCAUCCUGUAAAAUCGCAUAUUCGCAAGUGCGUCAUCUGCGCACGACAUCGAGCCAUCAGGGGACAGCAGCUUAUGGGACAGCUGCCUCCAAGAAGAAUCACAUCAGCACGGCCAUUCAAUCACGCAGGGGUGGACUACGCAGGUCCUAUCAAAAUCAGCAGAUGGAGAGGAUCAGGAGCUCGACAAUAUCAUGGGUACAUUGCAGUUUUUGUGUGUCUUGCCACAUCAGCAAUUCACCUUGAACUACUCACAGAUUUAACAUCACAGGCAUUCAUCGAGACCUACAAACGAUUUACUGGAAGGAGAGGUAUCUGUGCUACACUUAGCAGUGAUAAUGCUAAAACAUUCAUGGGAGCAAACAAUGAGCUGGGCAAGCUUUUAGACGAAUCAAGGAAGGAAAUUCAUCACAUCAUCAACGAACUGGCAUCAAACGGCACAAAAUGGAUCUUCAUCCCACCGCAAUCACCCCACAUGGGUGGGAAAUGGGAAGCUGCGGUGAAAUCUGUGAAAUUUCAUCUAAAACGGCUCACAGGGAAUUUGGUACUCACGUACGAAGAACUCAAUACACUCAUCAUCCAAAUCGAGGCGCAACUUAACUCGAGGCCUCUCUGCGCUCUAUCAGACGAUCCUGAUGACUGCAGAGCCCUCACACCUGGACACUUCAUCAUUGGGGAACCCAUCAACGCAGUUCCAGAGCCAUCACUCAUCAAUCACAAAAUGGAAGGUCUCACAAGGUGGAAAAUGAUCGCAAGGAUCGCUCAGCAAUUCUGGGACAGGUGGUCAAGGGAGUGUAUGCAUCAUUAUCAAACCAUCUACAAAUGGAAAAGAUCAACGGAUGAUAUCAAGGUCGGAACACUAGUCCUCAUCAUUGACGAGAGGUAUCCACCAACAAAGUGGCCUCUAGGACGAGUAUCAAGGGUUCAUCCAAGUGAUGACAAUCUCACAAGGGUGGUAGACAUCACCACUGGGGCAGGAGGUGCAAAUACCUACACCAGACACAUCAACAAGGUGGUUCCGUUACCAAUCAGCACCGAGGAAGAAAACCAACAAGAGGAUCAUUCAUCAUCAUCCGACGAUGAAGGCGGGCGGAAUGUAUAA